GAGCCCAGUGGCAUCUCCUCCGGUGGCACCUGCCCUCUCCCAAACUAUGCCUCUGGCCUUCCCGCCGCCUCCGCCACACGCACCACCGAGCCCCCUGAAGAAGGGGGAAAAAGAAACACGUAUUAAUAUCACGAGCCCUGGCGCACCAUCCCUCGCCCCCUCAACCACCUGUCUCUGCGCUCUCCCUACCCCACAGCCUUCCUCAACUCCGGGCGCCCCCUCUGCAGCAAAGGGGCACCACGCCCACUGCGGAGCCCAGGAACCCAAGGUGGGAGGGGGCUGGGGCUCACGUGCGGGCCGGGGGCUGCUCACCCACCGCCCAGACAGCCCUGACCCCAGAGUGCGGGGCCCGCCCGGGCGGCUCCAGGCCGCGAUCCACUCCCACACCCUGGAGAGGGGAGCUGCGCCGGGAGACCGAGCUGCAGCGGGGGUGGGGCACGGGCGGGACCCUGGGCAUCGCUUCCUGGGAGCCCACCGUGUCCCAGGACGCUCCGGGACCGCGCUGCAGGCCCCGCCCGCGCUGCCCACUCCCACCCGGCCAAAGCCCGGCUCUUACCUCUGCGGCCGCCAUCCUCCGAGGGGACUGCGCAACACCGCUCGCUGCCCGGCAAGCGAACCGCGGCGCGCGGGAGAUGCGCAGCAGCUGCGGACGCCGGCCCCGCGGCACCCGCCGCCGCUUCCCGGGCGUGUGAGCUCAGCCCGCCCGCGCGGCCGCGCUUCCCACUCCCACUCCCGGCGUCCUUCGCGGCGCCACCCAGCGGCCGCGUCCAGCACCGCACGCUCGAGUCCGGGAAAAUUCUGCCGCAGCCUCGCCGAAGGAUUUGGAAAUUCCCAGAAUUUGCCACUGUUUCCUUCUCCUGAAAUAUCUCCAGCAGACCCCAAGCCCACAUUUCUGCCUGAAGAAAUUCCACCUGUGCUUUCAGGCCAGUACAAAAGCCUCUUCAAGUGCCAUCUGUGACCUCUGUUUUCUGGGAGUUUGGAAGUUGUCCAGCCUGCUAUUCCAAAAGGACCUCAGAGUGAGACAAGUGCAAGGCAAGAUAAUUCACAAUGAAGUCCUGAAGACUCCAUUGGAAGGAUGGAGGGUGAACAGGCAAAAUUCAGGCACUGACAUUGAUCGAGUUGGACACAUGGCAAUAACCUGACUUUAUAUAAGCUUUCUGGCAGGCAAAGCAAAAGCUGAAGAUGUUGGAUUGCAUAGUUGUCAUUUACUGACAAUCAGAAAGAUAAAAAUUCAUCUGUAGACAACUCAAGUAGGAAUUGAUUGCAUGAGCCUUUAAAAAGGGAACUGAAAAACAACAUGGAAAAUAUCUCACUCUGGCUUUAUGAGGCACAGAAGAGUCAUUUAGAUACUUGGUUGUCAUAUUGCUCUUAAGUAAGAGCAGAUGCCCUUUUAUACAAACCUGAUACUUGUUAAAUCCUUUCCACGAGGCUUAAGAAACAUAAUUCUGUGCUUCCUUCAAGGCCUGAGAUUACAAGAUUGGAACCUGGAGAAAUUCUUAUGGGUAAUUUAUGUGCUCCGACUCUCUCAAAUCCCAGAUGUCUAAACAAUCACCCGGCAUGUGUAAAAUACCUAUAAAUAAUGAGCACAUCCUCUAAACAAUAUAGAUUUUUCUGAACUGUUUGUUCAAAUGAAAGCUAUAUGCUUUAGAUACAAGGUUGGUAAAAAAAAUAAAUAAAUGUUUCAUUGGCAUUUGCGGCCCUGGGCAUGUCAUGCUGCCCAGACAGGCUGACCACUGCAGAAGCCUGAGCCACAGGGAGUGGGAGAAUGAAGAACAAUGGACUGUGAAAUCAUGUGCGAGGUAUUGUUUGGCAUAACUCUAGGAGGGAGCUAUUGUUAUCUACAUUCUCCAGAUGAGAAAACUGAAGAUAGCAAAAACCAAAGGUUCCUUCUGAACAGCAUUGACUUCAAAGCCCCCUCUCCCUGAACACAGUGCUGUUAUCCGAAGACACUUAACUCUAAUGCAUACUUCUCGGCAAAUCUUUAGCCUGACAAGUCAUUUGCUCAGUGUUAGCACCUGUCUACACCUUCCCAAUGCAAACUUCAUUAUUGCACUUAUUAUUUUUUUUUUGAAGAAAGCAUCUAUUGGAUGCCACAAACUAAAAUAGUGUUAAAAAAAAAAGCAAUAAUUCCAUUUAACCAGUUGGAUAAGACUGUAUAAACUGCCCUUUUAAAUUUUGAUAAAUGCUUACUUAGUUCUAUGAUUUAAUCAUGGUAUAAUUAAUAAUAGUUGGUGUUCCUUCUGACCACAGCCGAACAACAAAUUCGACUGCUGUUAAGGCCUCUCCUAUUUGGAGACAAUAAAACAAUGCCACUGGUUCAAAGGAGAGAGCCCGGCCUUCCUGCUUCCUAUGGCAGAGGUGCAUGAACCCAAUUGUCCUGGGACCAUAAAGAUUAGAAAAGAAGCAGUGCUAGGUCAUUGCCCAAGUUGACGCCAUUUAAAAUUGGCACUUUAUUUACCGUGGGAACCAAACUUUUCUAAUGGGCCUGUUUUCCUAGAACUGCCGAAGAAUCAGGCCUGCAGUCAGUGGUACGUAUUAAUGAUGUUGAGUUGCUCAAGUGUCCUUGAGGUUUUCACGCUGGGAAGGAAAACAUGCUCUUCAGCAGAGCUUUGUUCUGACAUAAAGCACUUUUUACCAGUAAGGAUAGGAAUAGGACCGUAGUGCAGAUAGGAAGUCAAAUUAUUGGAGAGAGGGACUGUAGUGAUAUCAGGGCUAUGGGCGGAGUUAAAGAUGACAGGAAUUUUAAGUUUCGGUAGUCCAGAUGGUUAAGCAGAAGUAGGAAAAUUAAGAACCAGAUAGUUUGAGGUUUAGAGGGAGAGGGACAUGUGUAAAUCUACUUGAAGGUGGCUGAUAAAUUAACAGUCACCUUCCUUGUGUGGGACCUGUGCUGUCACUUACUUUUCCCCAUUAAUGUUGACAAGCAUCAAGAGUUCCUUAACAGUGUGAUAAAGGUCCGCAAAGGGGUAAGACUUAGUGGGGCUGACACUUUCAUUUCACAACCUGAUCCAAUUUAUAGAACCAGGUUUUGGGUUGUCCUUUUAUCUACUCUUCUAUUUGUUUGAAGUUCAUUCAGAAAAUCAGCAUGCACUUCCAGGCCAGGCAUUGUGCUGGUUACUGGGGAUGAAAUGGUCAACAGCACAGGUCUUAUUGGAGAUACAGAAAACAGUCAAUAACACCAGAAUGAGCACGCAAUGUGGGAUCAUAGGAAAAGCAUGAUGAGCGGCCCUAGGAGAAGCAUCCAACUCAGUCCUAGUGAGUCUAAGAAACCUGCCUGGAGGAGACGAUGCUCAAGAGCAGACCGGAAGGAUGGGGGAGAGAGCCAGUGAAGUAUCUCCUACCUCCUAGGAAGGCACCUUCCAGAAGGAGCUGGGAGCUGGCCAGCAUGGUUGGAGUGUGAAAGUGAGGUGAGUUGAGAGUAGGGGCAGAAGAGGGAAUCAUGAAGGACUAGAUCAUGAAGCAUCUUGUAAUCCUUGUUUAAGAGUUGGGACUUGAUUCUAAGAGUGGCCUGGUGCUAAUGUACUGAAGGACUAGAAUGAUCUCUCUGCCUUAAGUGGGAAGGAUGGAGUGGGCUUGAAGGAGAGCUUUGAGCAGUGCUUGUUGCCUUUGAUCAUCUGCCAGUCCCAUCAAGUUCUUUGGCUCACACUUCAGUGGGGAGAAUCUAAAAAAAAUCAGAGUUAAAGAUAGUGAGACCUUUGGCACCAGAGUUAUUCAGCCCUCCAUCUCUGACUCUGUCUAUCCAACUAACACUUUAACAGUAGUUAUCAAGGAAUAAAUAAUAACCUGACUUUCAUAAGCACCAUCUGUGUAUAUAAGCCCUUCGUGGCCUCCUCAUAACGACCCUGUGUUGUAGGGAUUAUUAUCUCCAUUUCACAGAUGAGGCAACGAUGGCUCAAAAACUUGAGUACCUUGUCCCAGAUGACAAAGGUAGUAAGUGACGAGGGAAGAUCUGAACCCAGGCAAAUUGACACUAAAGCCCUUAUGAGUGGCUGCCAGUUAUGAAAAUUCAGGUAGCAUUUAUGUCUCUAAUCUGGAUGUUACCAUGACUCAGGGGAAGAGUCUGAAAGAUAGAACUACAUGAUUUUUUUUGUGUGUGUGUGUGGUAUGCCAUUCAAACCAUUGAAUGACAUCCAUAUUAUUAUGUAACCAUCAUCUCUCUCCACCUCAAAACUUUUCCAGCAUCCCAAUUAGAAACUUGCUACUCGUUAAACAGUAACUCUCCCCACCCCACCGUCGUUGAAAUAAGCUGGACAUGAAAAGUCAAAUACUGUGAGCUUCUAGCCCAUGGUAACCUCUACUUUCUAUCUCUGUGAAUUUGCCUUGUCUAGAUGUUUUGUAUAAAUGGAAUCAUAUAGUAUUUGUCCUUUUUGUGUCUGGCUUAUGUCACCUAGCAUAAUUAGGUUCAUUCAUUUAGUAACAUACAUUGAAUGUCAUUCUCUUUAUGACCAAAUGAUCUUCCAUUGUAUGUAUGUAACACGUUUUGUUUUUAUACUUCUCAUUUGUUGGACACCUGGAUUUUUCUCCACCUGUUUUUACUAUUGGACAUAAUGCUACAGUGAACACUGGUGUAUAAGUACCUAUUUGAGUCCCUGCUUUCCAUUCUUUUGGGGAACUGCCUAAGAGUGGAAUUGCUGGGUUGUGUAAUGUUUCUAUGUUUAGUUUAAUUUUUUUA